AGCAAUAGCCACCGUCGUAGUACAGAUGAAGACUUACCUGGAAUGUGAAGCCAACUAGCUUUAUAAAAGCCUGAGUAGAUCUAGUUUGCUUCUAGUAUACCACUCAGGUUCAAAGACGAACAAUAAGUGUUAAGGUGAGCGUGGGUUUUGUGACAUCCACACUUUCCUGUGGAUACCCUAUCUCCACCUUCUACUGCCAAAAGAUCCAAGAGCAUGUAGAACCGGUAAAGCACUCGACUGCAGCAACAGCAGCACAAUCCUCUGGCCCAGCGAGCCCUGCUGCGUCUGAUCCCAGGCCUCUUCUCAAGCCCCAGCAUGGAAAGCCCAGUGAGGGCUGAGCCAGCUACCCCAUCCCUGGCUCCCCCAGCUCCCCGAAACCAUACUCCUUCUCUAAGUCCCAGAGCUGAGGCCAAAGAGGAGAGGUUGGAGGAGAGCGAGGGAACAGCGGAUGAGGGUGAGGCAGUGGACACAGAGGAGGACCCUAUAUAUUUCUCGCUGUUAUCAAAGAUGUCAGUCUUUGUGGAGGAGCCAGCAGAGGAUGCAUCAGAGAAGGCUGCGGCUGAGGAGGCUGCAGCCAAGGAGAGGGCUGAGAGAGAGGCUCAGAGGCAGCUCCUGGCCACAGAGGAGCUGGUCUACACAGAGAGGAACUACCUGAGACUCCUCCAGGUCUGCACCUGCACCAUCAGGAGCAACCUGCAGAAACUACAGCCUCAGCUGCCUAACCUGGACAGCAUGUUCCUGUACAUCGAGGAGGUGAUUGACGUGUCGGGACGCCUCCUCAGCCUCCUGGACCAGAAGCAGGUCACGCCCCAUGAUCCUCUCUUCCUGGAGACCCUGUGUGUUGCCUUCCUCAGUCUAUCAACAGACAUAGAGUCGGCGUACAAGGAGUACCUGGCCAACUACAGCAAUGUCACAGAGUUAGAGAACAGCUACAAGCAGAAAGAACCCCUGUGGACUGAGAUGGUGAAAGUCAUCAAGUCCUCAGCGCCAGAGGUGAAUGCUACCUCUCUGAGCUUCUUUCUGGUGAUGCCAGUCCAAAGGAUCGCUCGCUACCCUCUUCUCCUCCAGACCAUCAUGAAACAUACAGACCCUGGGCACCCGGCCUACUCUCUCCUGGAGCAGACUGCCCACACCGCCAUAGCCCUCAACUGCAGGAUCAAUGAGUACAAACGCUUCCGAGAAGUUGCCGACAAAUAUAAGAAGACGGAGACCCUGACGAUAAGAGAUAAGAUAAAUCGGCUGAACAGCCACAGCAUCGCAAAGAAGACGGCCAGACUGAGCCAGUUCAUCAAGCAUGAGACGGGGAUUGCACCAAGGUUGGUUGAUGAGGAGUUUGAUGCCUUGGAGGGCUUUUUCUAUCUCCUUGAAAAUGGUAUCGCCGUGCUACAUGAAAAUGUGGAGACAUAUCUCAACCAUCUACAGAGAUUCCUUAGCUGUCGACCGGAGGAAUUUGAUCUUGACAUGGACGGUGAGAAGCCUGCUAUAUGCUACAAGGAAAUCACAACUGCAUUGAGACAAUGGAUACUUCCUACAUUUGAGAAGAGGGUGAGGACUUUGGUCCACAAGCCUCUCUGUGCCCUUCGAGAACUGCUGGUGGGGCCUCGUAACCUGAUCCGUAAGCGUCUGGACAAGCUGCUGGACUACGAGCUGAUCGAAGAGAAGCCAAGUCUGAGCUACGAUGAGCAGGCGGUGGCCAACACCUAUAAGACCAUCAACACGUUGCUCCUCAACGAGCUGCCCCAGUUCAAUGGCCUGGCCCUCACCCUGCUCUGGGGCAUGCUGGGGGCCUUCAGCUGCCUGCACAAGGACCUGGCUGCAGACAUGGAGCAGCUCUUCCAGGGCUUUGCCCAACAGCUCCCUCACAGUUCCCUGGAGCCUAAUGCAUUCUGGGAGUGGGCAGAGUGUUCGGUGCUGGAGGGUGCGAGUAGGCUGAAGAAUCUCUGUCGGAAUGUGGAGGACCAACUCAAUGCUCCCAUUGUCCAGCCUCUCAGCCCUCGGUCUCAGAAGCGUCUGAAGGUCCUGACAGAUAAGCAUGGCUCAGGCAAGAUCUACCAGCUGACGGGUCAUGUGGUGGGGACCAGAGACCUGGACCUGAGCCUGAACAGAGGAGAGCUGGUGGCCACCAUCAGUGAGAUGGACACACGGGGGGACAGACGACGCUGGCUGGUCGACGCAGGGGGUCCAAGAGGAUACGUCCCCUCCUCCAAACUGGUGCGUUACCACCAGGUAACCAUGGACCCUCCCCUGUCCCCUCAUCUGACAGUCACUACCAUGGAUUGUGCUGGGGGGGUCAGACGACACUCCUACACCCCUGACGUCAGGCGACACUCCUACUCCCCUGAUACACCCCAGCCCGUGAGGACUGUGUCAAUGACUGUGCCCUGCUUCCAGGUGUUCGCAGGCUAUGACUUCGCGGCGAGGAGCAGUCAUGAGGUCUCUCUGAGGGCGGGGGAACCAAUCAGAGUCCUGGAACCCCACGACAAGAGGGGAAGCCGUGACUGGAGCCUGGUGGAGGUGCGGGGACAGAGGGGGUAUGUGCCCUCCAACUACCUGGCAGUGGUGCCUACAUCUAUGUCGCCCACCACCCCCUACCACUAGGGUUGCCCCGGGCAACCAGCCAGUCCCAGCUAGACGCCACUCAACCAUCGCCGCUCACGCACCUCAUCUCAGCAGGAGAAGCACUCUCACUGAAGCCUACAUCUACAGGAGGGAGAGAGAUAGAGUGUGUGUGAUGGAUUGGAUGACAGGUGUGUGUGAAGUGGUGCACCAGGCAUUUUGCAUGUAGAGAGCUCCAAGCCCUCGACUGCAGCUCUUAUUAGAAGCAUGUAAGUGGGAGGCCGCUUCCAUCACCAGGAACCAGGGGUGGAAUACAGCUUUUUUCUAGAGAGAAUGACUGACAGGCAGGCAGGUAGCAAUGCCUCAGCACAGUGUGAGGAUGAAGGAGAGCAGGCAGUCUGUGGCAAGGGAAUAGGUCCUUGUGAAUAUUUUACCUACCUGACAAAGCUUCUCCACUGAGCGGAUCUUUCUCUCUCUCAACUGACGCUGGCAGUUAAACUGAUGGACAUAUGUACAGACCCCUGACUCCAUUUAUGUGAUGUACCACUUGCACCGUCAACAGUGAAUCUGCCACUGACAUUGACAGCAAUGCAAUUUAUGCUCAGACAAAAUAGUUUUAUGAUUUCUAGGAAGAAUGAGGUCGGCAUACUAAAACAUUAAUGCUAGAUUGCAUGAUCAAAUAAGAAGAGGGAGAGAGUGGAUGAGAUGACUUGUGUUCAAAUGGAUGAAGCGUAGCUAGUUUGAUUCCAGAUAUCAAAUGGCAGCAAACAUCUGUUAUUAAAGCAAUUACAUCAUUCGGUUGUUAUGGCUUUAAUAGCAUAGUACUUGUAGUGCCAGCGGCGCCUUCUCAUUGGUCCAAAUGUCAGGGCAGAGUGAGACGACAAGACAUUACGUGCUGCUGCUGUAUCUGGCCUGUCUGGUCUAGACAGAGGUAGAACUCUGUGUCUUCUCUGAGCUGGCCACAAGGGGGCAUAGCUCACCUAACAGAUGGCGUUGUAGGCUUUAGCGUCUUUAUUAUUACCUCAGUCAGUAUUGAUGCUAAUCUUCUGGUGGACGUUGCGCAAUCUAAACAUGUUCAUAUCUUAACAGUGUUGUGAUAUAUAAUUCAUUUGACUGUCAAUAUCUGCUUCAUAAUAUGAUCUAAUGAGAAUAUGUUUGCUCAGUAAGUCUACUGUCAGGGAUAAUCCAAUGUCAUGUUUUUUUAUUGUAUUUAUUUAUUUGUAUUUAUUCACCGCCAGCAGGCUUUUAUAAUGUGUUCUGAUGACAUGAGCUAUGAAAGAUGAAAUGACUCAGUAUAGCCAAAACCAGUUUGGAAGGGAGCACAGCUCUGCUCUGUUGGUGCAGCAGUGUCAUUGUUAUGCUGAUUGCUGCAGAAUAGUCUGGAUGAUUCAAAAUUCAAGCUGGGUAUGCAGCUUUUCAGAUAUUCACCUCCAUUUUACCAUGUUGGCUCAUAACAGGAUUUGUAUGCAGCUCUACAUUUUUGAUAUAUUUUAAGGAAAGACCACAUAGAUGGUGACCCAUUUUGAGAAAGCUAUUAUAACAUAGCUUUCACUAAGAGAGCACCAGAAUGGAGGGUAAUCAAGUGUAAAUGGACGUCAGGGCUUUUAGGGUUGCACUCAACCAAACAACGCUACUGCGUGACACGUGCUGUAUUCCAUAUGACAUCUAAACAUAUGUGUGGCGUAUUCCGCAUUUGUGGUUGUCACCUUGAUGCUAAGGACGGGUUGUCACCAGGGAUUUGAUGCAGUGACUCUCUGCAGCUACUGCUAGCCCUAGCAUGACAGAACCCUACGCAGCUCUAAAAAUACACUUUCUCUCAUUCAAUGGUUCUAUAAAUAGACCACUGUCCUUAUAAAAUCCCCUGUUGGACCCUUGUUCUCCCCCUGCUGGCCACUGUGGAAACAAGUUGUUUCUCCUUCCUACCUCCUCUGGGUGGUAAAUCCCAUAACACCAACUGUUAUACUACCUCCCUGCACGGCUCCCGGGCCGCUCUUGGCUUAAAAUCCAUAGAGGAGUAUACAGACAACAAUUAGGUUGGUUGUUGUUUCUGUCUUAGAGAAUUGGGCUCCUGACUGCGAGGGUAAUCCAGUGCUUUGCAGGCAAGGCUGAGACAAGGCGUCCAUGUUUCUGUUAGCCUCCGACUCCAGUCAGAGUGUGGAUCAGCUGCUCCAUAGUAACACUGUCUGUUUAUAUGGCUGCAGCCUCACAUUUAUGUGCUGGGCUGAAUUUAUUGUCCAUUUGUAGGGGGUCGCUGUGGCAGUCAAGGGAGAGAGCAUCUGCAUCUGGGUGCCGGGGGGUAUUUUUCCUGAAAGAGUCUCUCCCUCCUUCUCCCCCUCCGCCACCUCCCCUGACUUGUGAGGAAGUGUUGAAGCGCAGUGUGUAACGGGGCAGAUCCGUCAAAGCCACGCUGGACUGGCCACAGAAAUAGUAGCAGUGGGCUUGGCCUGGUUGCUUUAAGCCAGGGCUGUAUUUGGUAACCAUUUGGCACUGCUCCUGAUGCCUUAGCUUGGCUUCUUUAAGGCCCUCUCAGCUGGCCCUUUAAGGCCCUGUCUCUGGCAAAACCAAUUUAGUUUUAACAAUGGCUCAUCCCCUCUGCUGCUGGACUAGAAUGGGAGAGUCUCCCCUGCCUUGUAGCCACUGACUGGGGGUUUAGAAGAUAGGGGUGAGACUAAGGCGUGGACGGUGCAGGGUAGCGUGUGAGUGAGCCACGGCAGUCAAGCUUAACAGAUCUCCUUGUCGUCAGGAGGAUUGACUUGGCUGUUCCUAAUUCCAGGACAUCAGCUGUUUUCUGCUUUCUCCUUCAUGCUUCCAGCCCCUCUUUGAAUAAGACAUACAGAGAGAGAAGGUAUACAGUGCAUUUGGAAAGUAUUCAGACCCCUUGAC